AUGAAGCCAAUAUUUCUAAUCGCCGUCAUUCUUUCUGUUUUUAUAGUAUGCGAAAGCAAACGUCCUACUUAUACCAUACCAGAAUAUCGAAGACUAUUGGUGCAAUUGCUUGCAUGUAAAGAAGAACCACUCAAUAAGACAAAAUUGAACGAGUUAGCUAAUGAAUAUCGCAGAGCUGAAAACUGUAAGUGUAUAUUUUUUAACAAGUAUUACACCGGUCCUUCUAAUUAUGGUGUCAUAGACUUAUGUGAAUCUCUGUAUUAUGUACUGUCACUCUUAUUGAUUAGCAUUCACUUCUAAACAGGUUAAAAAUCUACUACAGUAAUUACUAUGCAAGAGUGGUAUUCAGAUGAAAUCGAACUGUAAAGGAUUACUGUGCGUUUUUGUUCACACCACUCAGUUGAAAAAACGACAGACAAUUCUUUAUCUGAUAUAUUCGUCAGUCCCCAGUGGUGAUACUUCGACAGAAAAUGAUUGGCGGCAAGAAAUCUCAAUUUUUUCGUUUACUGUACUAUUAGAGUUCAAGCUAUAUCAUGAAUGUGACAUAACGCUUUAGAACAACACUUUUAAGCGAACAAUGUUGUUUCCAAUUAGAUCUCAUCAGGCUUCACUCUAAUUUAUAUAGGUUCAUAAAUAAAAUUCAAAUAUGAACCAAUCAUAGUGUUUUGUCUAUAGGAUAACAAGAUGGUGAAUACAAAGUGUGCAAUUAGUCAUAAUAGUAUUAUUGAUAAUAAUAAUAAUGGUUUCAUCAAUAAUAAGGAUGAAAAAAUAAGGCGAUCUGCGAUAACACGAAUAAUGAAAAACAGCAUGAUUCAACAAACAAAUGUUCAGGUAGAAUUAUUCGAUAUAGGCUAAAAAACAAAUGACCUGGUUAAGUAAUGCUAGAUUGUAAGGGAAGUAAAUGAGAGACGCCUUUAAGGAAGAUGUGAUAAGAUUAAGGGAUGACAAGAGAUGGUUGAAAAUAUAAGUAAAGGGUGGUGCAGAAUUCAUCAGUUGGUUAUGUCUUAACACGCCAAGGGAGAGAUAAUGACCGUACUAACUUCUGUCGAAUGCAUAGUGUACGUUUAAUAGUUCGAAUGCUUAUCACCUCAGCUGUGUGCACUAGGCAAAUACGAAGGCCAUUGAAAAGAUUCGGUUGGAUACGAUGAAAUAAUUUGAAAGCUCUUGUUUUCCUAGUACAAGACGACUAUAAACUAAAUGAGACAAAAUUGAGCUGUGAAUUGUUUUGUCUGUCCUUCGUCAAACAGCGAUGAGAGAUGUUCACUAACACGUUGGUUGACUAAGCUGUCUAGUAGUACGCCCAACAUAACUGUCACCGCAGGUGCAGUUGAAAUGAUAAAUGCAUAUAGAUGUGGCAAAAUCAUCGAGCUUAUCUUCCGUUUAAGUCCCAAUCAUUCCUCCGUCAGAGAAUGACAAACAUAACGUUUUGGUUGUAACUCAAUGAUUUAAUUUGUGAAACCUAAGCGCAAUGCUCAAGAAUUCGAUUUCUUUCGGAAUCUCAGAAUUUGUUCUGUCAAUCAUAAUUACUACUUCCUAUUGAUUCUCGCAUUAGGAACUUUACUCGUUUUCACACCUCAUCAAUCACGUUGUGUUUUUCCUUAAGAAUUGAAUAAAUUCACCAUGAGAGUGGCAUACGUUUGCUGAGAUGGCCCUCAGUGACACUGUAGAACGUUUUUUUCUUGUGAUACUAUUACAACUGCAGUAAAACCUAGUUUCGAAUUCAGUGGCUUCAAACAGCAGGUUACCAAUUUUGAAAACAAAAGCAGUGAAUUUUAUUCCUUUUCACAACUGCAUUAAAUACUUUGGAUUGAUUACUUCAAGAUGAGUUGCGAAUCCUUACCACGACAAAGUUGUUGAAUGAACCCUCUGAUUGUAUCAACGGUUGAUAACCGGUUCUGUAAGCAUCGUUUUCAAACUGUUGAGUAGGUCAUUCAAUUUGUCUUGUCUCAGAGAUAAUCAUCUUCCUGUUUAAAGAUCUUUAUAUGCUUAACAAUCAGUCAGUCAGAUUCUUGAAAGUGUCCAUUUCUGUCGAUAACACGCACUUAUCGUAUUAUUGAGAGAACACAACGAAUGAUAAAAAAUGUAUUUCUGCUAAGGUCUUUCCGACUGAUGAGGCAUUAUGCAGUUGUGGUUCAAUAAGUAGCAGCACUGUCUCCUUCUCAAUGUUCCAUUUUGACAAGGAUACUAAACUGAAAUUAUUUGAAUUAUUACCCACACAUCCUGCUGAUGAAUAAAUUAUUUCAGAGAAGGGAAAUCCUCGGAAUCAAGAUUUCAGCUUUGUUUCUGAUCAAAUAAAAAGAAUCAUAGUAUAUAUAAUGAGGAGGCGUUGCUUCUAGAUACUUCACCGUUAUUUAUUGACCCUGAACUUACAAAAUUAUAUCAUUUUUCUCUUCACGUUGAUUUAGAUUAUCGUAAGUUUUGAGUAGUUCAUCACCUUUUGGUUUCAUAUUACACAAUAUCUUUAAAAAGGGGCUUGAUAAAGGUAUGCGUUCACUUGUUUUUUUCCUUUGAAGUUACGAUUAUAUUGCUCUGUAUGCUUUUGGUCGCUUUUGUGUCCAGAAUUAACAGGAUCUUGUAUAGGUCUAGCAAUCAGCGAUCAGUGCAUGGUAUAUGCCGUCCGCUUGCAGAAUUUCUCUACGGCUUUCCCUCAAAACACUCAACAUAGAUGUGGUGGGACUGACGUCAUAGUGCUAAACUACAUGAACAUUGCAUUUUACCGUUCAGCCUUCCUUUUAAACAUUCCUUUCUUCUGUAGACACAUAUGUGUCUAACUUUAACUAAAAGACAUGAAAUGAAACAUCUAUUAACAUAAACUGAAAAAUUUAGUGGCUCUGCAACCCCGUGAUUCUCCUCAAGAGCGAUGCUUACAUCUGUAUUAUGCCCUGGAUGUCAAAUAAACACUCCGUACUCCACAUUGAUAGCCACAGAUACAUAUCUACGUAUUCGUCUAUUUUUUUUGAUUUACAGCUUGAUUACACACUGUAUUUUCGGUACAAGUAUGGAAUUUUCAGCA